AUGAUGCGUACACCAACCAAUCCAACUCGCGCCGUCGACGCUUUAACCGACGACUACCAAAAAGUCCACUCCGUGUGGCAGAGCAUGACAUCCUUCGAGGGUGAAUUGAUUAGCUCCUCCAAGAAUCUAUUCGCUUUGCUCGAGCAAUACCAAAAGCUUGUAGACCAGACCGGUUUCAACGACGCCGACUUGACAUCAGGAGCCGUUCGCUCGGUUCUCGAUGAGCUAGAGACUGCACAGGCAAACUUCACGAAGCACAACACCGAGGAAAACCCACCCUAUCAUGGCCUUGUGCCCACACCCAAGACCGUGAUCAAGGUAUGCCGACGAUGCCUGGUUCCGACAAAAGCCAAGUUACGAGAGACAUGGCGCAUGGCGCGAUGUUUGGAAGAGUUGCUAUUGAUGCAAGGUAAGGUUCUGGAACAUGCAAAGUUCCGUGUUCAUCUGGCUGCGUGGCUUCUUGAGAUUACUGAGCUGGUGACUAAAUGGCGCAAGGUGAAUAAAACUCUGUCGAAGAAUGUCUUUGACGAUAUCUACGACGCGAGUGCCAUGGCUCGCCUGACUAAUCGAGGAAUCAAUCCCAAUUUCGAGGGAUAUAUCAAUCCUAAUGUCCUCGAUUGGCCGGGUUUUGGAUCGGACGAAGGGCAGGAACGCUAUAUGUGCAACGAAGACGUGGAAGCGAUCAAGAAGACUUUUUCCAUGGCGAGUCUGCAGGUGGAUAACUGGAAGCCUGUUAGCCACACCACUUGUAAGUUCAUCUCUUGCCCGGGUUGCAUUAUCUUCUGGUUUCGCGAGUGUGCGGACGGCUUGGCACCGACAUGUCUCUGGUGCGAUCAACCUCUCGGCCCGGAAGAUGAGGUGGCGUUGUAUGAGCGAAUGGUCGUUCGAUUGUCAGAAGAAUCCGAUCAUAUGGCUGAUCCGCAUGUUGGAUGCCGCAAAGAGAUUCGAGUGGAUGAUGAUGAUUUGGUCAUCAUGCAGGGCGAUGCAUCUAGUGACGUCGACAUGGAUGAGGAUAGUGAUGAUCAUGACGACAGUAAUUCUGACUACGAGGCCGACGGCGAGGCUGAGAGUGAAUCUGACUCUGAAGAUGACGAUCACUAG